AUGAGCGAUACUACGAAUAACAACCAGGAGACGGAGAAGAUGAGUCUGGAGACUCCUACCACAAGUCAGAGUACUCCAAGCUAUCCGAGUACACCGGACUCGCCUCGUAGAAGAGACGCUGAAAGGGAGUUGGACUCGGACUUGAACAUGGACCUACCGGAGUUAACAGAAGAUUUAUCCAUAAUUCCUCUGUACCCUGACUCAGAAGAGGAUGCACUCCUAUUGGAGACACCAAACUCGGACUUGGACUCGGACUCGUCACUACCUCUAAGAAUCUCGGACUCGGACUCGGACAUGGAAGAAGGAAUGGACUCGGACUUCGAGCCAGUGUGGUGUCCGAAGGAGAUAGUGGGACCUAACAACCAUCUAGUAUGUCCGGCAUCACCAACGAAGGUGACACAUCUUCCUGAAUAUGUUUCGAUACCAGAUAAACCGGAGGAGGAGACUGAUCCCGUGAUGCUAGAGGAGGACAAGCAGUGGGAACGAGGAGAGGUACCGGACUUCGAGAAGCCAGAGGAGUAUGACACCAAGCACCGUUGGUGGAAGAUAACAGUGUUCCCGACAAGCAAGGGUACGCUACACUCGCAACGUGCAGUAUGCAGAUGGGUAAACGAGGUGAAAGUCAUGAUACAGAAGAUACUACACCUUGCCAAUAUAAUCUGCUGCAUAGUGGGUAUAGAAAGAUGUCCAAACACGGACGAGCUUCAUGCCCAUAUGCUACUGGGCUUCUCUGAUUCGGUACGUUACCGCACUAUCAAGAAUAUCCUGAGAGGUGCUCAAAUACGCUACCUGGAAGGUGACCUAGCUAUACUUUCAUGGUAUCGAUACGUCGUCAAGGCAUUCUCCAAAAUUGAUCACCCGGAUAGAGUUAUUCAGUGGGGAGCUAACGAAGUUAUGAAGAAGAAGGUUAAAAUGAAUAACUCCGGAAAGAGAAGUCGUAGCGAUCUGUUCUACGACAACAAAGAGGCCAUAGAACAAGGAAGGUUCGAUGAGAUUGAUCCACUCUUCCGCUUCGACAACAUGAGCAAGAUUAACCGAUGGUAUUUGGACCAACACAGACCUGCAGACCCCGUAAGUCAUGACCGCCUCGUAUUCAUCUACGGUAAGCCGGGUGUGGGUAAGACCAGUCUAUUUUCGAGAAAUAUGUUGGCAUCUACAAUCUACUGGAAGAACCCUGGAAACCGAUGGUGGUGUGGUUACCGAUAUCAACCAAUUGUGAUCAUCGAUGAAAUCACGCCAAAACAAUUUCAAUCGGGCAAUAUCAAUUGGAAUAUUAUCGGAGACAGGAACGAGGUAUAUGUAGAGGUGAAAGGAAGCCAGGUACCUCUACAAGCCAGGUGGGUAAUUGUAAUAUCUAAUUACUCAUUGGAUCAACUAUGCAGCGUUCCAAAUCGUGGACUUGAUGAUCUAAUGAAGAGAACAUUCAAGCGACGAUGCGGAAACCAGAAGGACGGUUACCGAAUUUACUACUUUCCUGAAAAUCCUCCGGCUGAUAACGGCAACCUGUUUGAAGUGAGCAGAAGAGUAAAAGAAAUCUGGAAAGUGUGGUACUAUGAGGUUUAUCCCUAUUUCGCCAAUCUUCCUGAAGUUAAUGAAAAUGACGAGUAA